UAGGUUUUUUGUUUUACUCUAAUAUCAAUUAAUAAUUUAUCAAGUCCUUGUGAGAACGAUCCUGGUGUUAACACCUUGUACUGCAUUCAAAGCAAAAAUACUUUGACACGCACCCGCGACAGUGUGUUCGUCAAAUUGGCGCCGUUGCCGGGGACUUCGGUGAUUAUUAAUUGUUCUUAGAGUAUUUUUUUUCCUUUUUAGUUUUAUUUAUUUUCUUUUUUUUUUACUUUUAUUUUCGUUUUUAUUUAAAAAAAUGAAAAAAAAACCAGCGGUUACUAUUAGAUUUUAUUUUAUUUAUAAGAUUUUAUUUUAUUUAUUAGAUUGUAGGUUGUUUUUGGUUUUAUAUCUCCUGUAUCUAUAUCUAUCUCAUAUCUUUUAUUCCUAUCUCAUAUCUUUUAAUUCUCUUUGCUAUCCUCUAUUAUUAUAUCACUAUCUUCUUUCUUUCUCUAUCUUUUCUCUCUUUUAUUUUAUUUUGCUAUCUUUUCUAUCUUCUUUUCCUUCAUUAUUCUUCUUCUUAUUAUUACUAGAUUUGUUUUUUUUUACUAACAUUUUUUUUCUAUAUUGUUUCAGAUCACGUUCAGAAUUAUUAGUAUUAUUUUUUUUUCCUUUCUUGUUUUUUUUUUACUAACGUUGUUUUCUUUCCCCUCUUUUUCCUUUUGUUUUCGUAACAGGAUUUUUUUUCCUUACUUUUUUUUAACGUUUUUUUUUCACUAACAUAUCUUCUUUUUCUUUUCGUUAGUCUUUUAUCAUUACUAUUAUUUUUUGUUUGUGGAGUAACAGAACACAAGUGUUAGGUUGUGGAGUUUUUUUUGCAGUGAUGGAAGCUAAACUUGAUGAGCUAGAAGCCAAACUCGACGAGAUACAAUUUUCUGUUACACAAAUGUUGCUCAAGAGCCAUCAACAACAGUUUAAGUCACCUCAAUGUUAUCCACGAGAGAAUUUUGAAAAUAUUUGGUGUGACCCACCUUGCUAUCAUCCACAAGGGCAAUUCCAGCAGUCUAUUUAUGCACCACCAUGCUACUACCUGCAAGAGGAAUUUCAAUAUCCUUUUCAUGAUCCACAUGAUCCACAUCAUUCACAAGAGGAAUUCCAUCAACCUUGGAAUGAUCCACCCCAAUUUUUGGAAGACCUUUCAAAGCAAUAUGUAGUAAAUCAAGCCCGGUUUCAACAACCGCGCCACGAGGCACCUUCCAUAUUGCAAGAAAUUCAAGACAUGUUGAACCAAAUGUCUGCGAAUCUCAAUGCAAAUGCUGAUCAACGCCUACAAGAUGUUGAAAAUUUACAAGCUCCAAUUAAUGAGCUAGUUGCAGGCGCUCACAAAUUGCAGCAGGAAGCUUAUGCGGAGAUAGAUGAUGAAGAUUCUAAUGAUGAAGCCAACCAACAAGAAAUACAUCUCCCUCUUCCACAAAGAACUAAUGAGAAUGAGAAGAUGUAUCCUGGUGAAGAAGAAAAUAAGUUGUUGGAUGAUUUCAAGAAAUGUUUUGCAAUGGAUGAAGUUAAGAAGAUGGAUGUAGAACGUGGAUCUAAAUUAGCAAUAUUUCCACAUAAGCCGCUUUUAAUUAAUCUAGACAUUUUUGAAAAAGUCGUGUUUAUUGGAGACUCUGUUGAUUGCAAGGAGUCAACCUCAAUGGAGGAAUACUUUUUGAAACCUCUACCGAAACCUCCAGACAAAGAGUUGAUUGUUGAAUGUACUGAUUUUUCAUUUACUCUUAUUUCAGGUUGGACACAUGCUCGAAAAACGUUUUCACUCAAACUGAACAUUGUCAUGAGUCAUGCUGAAGGUGCUAGAAAACAGUUUGGGUUUGUUAAGAUUGUUGCAGAUGAGAUCCCUCCAAAGCCACCUGACUUGUGGAUUGUUGUUGUUGUGCCUCAAGACUAUGAGCUUCCUCUUAAUGCAAGGCCUCCACCGGACCCAGGUGAUAGCAUUUUUCAGAGCAUUACCAGGUUUCAUGUCUCGCCAGCUCCCUUGAUCCCUGGUUUUUCCUAACCUUUCUCUUUUAUUACACUUGCCUAAUUUAUUUGAUGAUUUGUGCCUCACAUUGUGGACAAUGUGUGAUUUAAGUGUGGGGGUGGGAAUCUUAUUUAGGAGUAGUAGAACCUCAGUUAGGAUAGUUUGCAAUUUCAAUUUAUUUGCUUUGUUUUUAUUGUUUUCAAUAAAAGAGUUCACACUUUUUCAAUGAGUUUUAGAGAUGCUGAGUUUGUGAGCAAUGUAACCACUGUUCUGUUAAGUUUCAUGUCUCUUUUGCAUGAAGUUGCUUGCAUUUUGAGUUUAUCAUGAUUUGCAUUGAGAACUGAUUUGUUGGAUUCAUUGUGUUAUAUGCUUGCCAUGUGAGACUACCUUGUGAGAUUUUGGACCAAACACUUGAAUGGUAAUAUCUUUGCCAUGAUUCUCUUCUUUCUUGUGUGAUUUCCUCAUGUUUAUAUGCACUGCAGAACUUGACUUGAUUCUGACUAAAAUUGUUGUUCAUUUUCAUACUUUGAUGUGAUAAGGCAUUCUUUUUCAAUAAGCUAUUGGCCUAAA